GUUCCAUUGUCAACUUCUUCGGUUGCUCCGCUGCAAACAACAGACUUCCCUUUCCAUUUUUCACUAAUCUCCACCUCGCUUCGCAGCUUCUUCUCAAUGAUUAAAGGGGGCUCUGCUUCGCACAAACCAUAGAGGCAAAGAGAUAUGAAUCUCCCAGCAAAUCACUUUCAAAUUCCCAUCUUGGCAUGCCCAACUCCCAAGCACACCAAGAAAUCAUUCCGGCCUCAGUCUCGCACACCCGUGUCAAAACCGAAUCAACUCUUUGAUUCCCAAGCCUUCACUUCCCCCUCGAUGUCUAACGACCGACCAAGAACGUGCGAGUGUUUCGACUUCUACAAAGAUCUGGUUCCGUACGGCGAGGCAUGGUCUUGGCAGAGACGAAUUAUUAGGGAGAAGAAGUCCUUGAUUGAAAGGAACCAAGAUUUUCCGGACACGCUAAUUAUUCUACAACAUCAGCCCGUUUAUACAUUGGGCACAGGUAGUUCAGAGGAGUAUCUGAAUUUCGACAUCAACAAUGCUCCUUACGAUGUUUACCGAACCGAACGUGGCGGGGAAGUCACCUAUCAUGGCCCUGGCCAGCUAGUUAUGUACCCUAUUAUCAAUCUCCGAAAUCAUAGGAUGGAUCUUCAUUGGUAUCUCAGGGCACUGGAGGAGGUGGUCAUCCGAGUUCUUUACUCAACAUUUUCUAUCAAGGCAUCCCGGCUUGAAGGUUUCACUGGCGUUUGGGUUGGAGACAAGAAAGUUGCAGCCAUUGGGAUACGAGUAUCUCAAUGGAUAACAUAUCAUGGCUUGGCACUAAAUGUCGCCACAGAUCUAACCCCAUUUCAGUCAAUAGUCCCAUGUGGGAUUCGGAACCGUCAGGUUGGAAGCAUUAAGGAGUUGCUAAGAGAACUUCAAUCAUCCACUGGAUGUGUAAAAGCAAAUGUACCUCAUUACAAUGAUUGCCGGCUGAUUGAUAUCACUCACACAUCUUUGAUCAAAGAAUUUUCAGAGUUUUUUCAGCUUGAAAUCCAUCAUAUAAUCAACCCCAUGUUAGAGAUUGAGGAAACACCACAGAGAAACUAAGUUGACUGAUCUGAUCCAACAUGUCUGACUUUAUCUGCUCAGGAAAGAUAAAUGAUAGUAAGAUACUCUUGUUUUUUCGUGGUCCUGUUAGUUCAUGGAUAAGUCGAUGAACUCGGCAGCAGAAAAUUUAGGAUUAUGCCUUAGAUAACAUAGAAGUCAAACUCAAUUUUUAA